AUGGAUUAUUUUGCUUUUAUUUCUGAUUUUGGUCUAUCCAAUGCAAUUGCAUCAGAAUCCAUUUUUUAUUGGUAUAACUCUGUAAAGGAGUAUCAUGUUGGAUACAAAGAAAUGAUAAAAAUCAAAGAAGAAUUUGAUAAAUAUGAUGAGAUGAUUCCAACAUAUGAAGGAGAUGAUAAUGGAAACAUGAGCUACACAAGUAAAACAUUAGCAUUGGUUUCGAUAGAUAGUGACGGUAAUUAA